AGAAAUUGAAAUUGAUAGAAGCUACGUCUGCACUGUACUUGGUGCGACAGUCUGCACUGUACUUAUUGUGCGAGAUUUAUUGUAUUGUAUUGCAACUUCAACUGUCAACGAGUAGUAUUAGUAAUAAAGAUGCGAUCCGCUGGUAGUCUUGCCUUCUCGAGGACCGCGUCCUCUUGUUCUGCCUCAAUCGUCGGAGGACCACCACUACAAGCUACUUUUACAGCGUCAACAUCUAGUUCGUCAAGAACUAGUAUUUCCAGAAGGUGCAGCUACAACAGGCUUGGUACAACAGAUGUAUUCUGCAGUGUUGCUGCAGUUGGAGUAUCUUCUUUAGCACGAACAUCUUCAGCACGAACAUUUUCAUCGUCGACAAGAACGAGGAUACACAAGAACAGGACGACAACAACAUCUACCUCCUCUCGUCGUGCUUUCAGCAGCACCAGUCCCCUCCUCUUCACGCCAGGACCCUUGACCACUUCCACAGCGGUAAAAAAUGCUCUUUUACAAGACGUAGGGUCUCGUGAUCCUUAUUUCCUGAAGAAGAUGCACGAAGUUCGAGCUAUGCUUGUCGCGGGAGCACAAGGGGGCGCAGCGACUCACGACUGUGUCUUAAUUCAGGGUGCGGGGACACACGCCAUAGAAUCAGUCUUGGGAAGCGUAUUGGCACCGGAGAAAAGUUAAGGAUCGUGGCUAGUAUUAAUUGAUGAACAUAGUCAGACUCAUACUUUUCGUCACAUGAGAGAAGGGCUGGAAGGGAUGAACCCAUGAAGAAGUGGAUCUUGUGCAGAUGUUGCUUAUCAUGCUUUGCAACUUUUACUAUGAGCGGAGGUCGCAGGCGGAGAAGUGAGAAAGAACAAAAUCCUAAGCCCUUUCCGCUCUAACGUCCCUCGUCCGGAGCCAACGUUCCCAAAGUCCUCAUCCUGAACAAUGGGGCUUAUGGUGUCCGACAGAAGCAGAUCUGUGAUACUCUGAAUCUAGCCUACGAGUCGAUCGAUUAUCCUGAUGAUCAAGCUGUGAGUGCCGAAGAUUUGGAGCGCCGAUUAGACCUCCCAGAUGGCGGAACCUUCACGCAUGUUAGUUUCAUUCAUCACGAGACAACGGCUGGCGUGAUCAAUCCUUUAACGGCGAUCUGUGAGAUGUUACAACGAAAGUUUCCGCAUCUACAUGCGAUUGUGGACAGCAUGUCUGCCUUCGGCGCGUACGAGGUCGAUCUGAGUGACAAGCAUAGAUGCGUGAAAUAUCUGAUAUCCAGGUAUGGUCGGCUUUUAUUCAUCUUCUUACUCAGCAUCUUGACACCCGAGUUUUCCCCUGUAUAGUCUAGAUGAGUAGAGUUUCUAUCUCUAAUCCAGUGCGAACAAAUGCGUGGAGGGCGUUCCGGGUUUCGCUUUCUGUGUCUACGAAAAGGCUGCAAUGGAGACUUUGAGCGGGAAGAAGCCAAAAUCACUAGCUCUAGACCUCUACGGCCAAGCAAAAGGUACUACUCAUUUUUGUGAUAGCUUAGAUCUGGUAAUUCUAAUUUGUUAUUUCUUAGAAUUCAUUGUACAAGUGAUCAUGGUCCAGGAAAUCAUCAAACAGCUGGUGGGGUAGCAGUAACUUAAGCACUAGUACGUAGUACAUCAUGACCAGGAGGACGAUGAGGUUACCCAUUUUUAGACCUCCGACGAGGAGAUCGAUAAUGCGUAUCUGUAACUUCAUCUACCCAAACAGCACUAACAUCGGGAGUAAUGCAAUUCCGAUUUACGCCUCCGACGCAGGCGAUUCUCGCUUAUCAUCAGGCGCUUCUCGAGUGGAAUGCAGAGGGAGGAUGGAAAGGUCGCGGUGGACGCUACAAGCAGAACUACGAAGUGAUCAAACAAGGGUAUGAUUUAAUACAGCUUUUCUACUUUGAUGUGUACUGGUACUAACACUUGUAGAAGUAUCUAUCUGUAGGCCGGAGGGUGGUACUUGCUUGAAUUAUAGACAACAUUGCCAGCUUCCCGGAGCAGUCGAGUCUGAUGAAAGUUCCUGAAUCAAUAGCAAUAGAACAUACUCCAAUCCUUUCCUUGUCAUACUAGGAAUGUUCCAACAUCUUCAUUAGUUAGGUCGGCUCCACAACUAUGGUAUUAAUAUCAGGCUCGAAAGCAUGGGGCUUCGUUUUUAUGUGCAGGACCCUCACCGUGGAUUCAUUAUCACAACGGUCCUGAGUCCCGAACACAAAAACUGGGAUUUCCAGUUUCUCUAUGAUUUCCUAGCGCAGCGCGGUUUCGUUAUUUACCCUGGCAAGCUAGCGAAGGCCGACUCUUUCCGUAUAGGCACGAUUGGUAAGAUCUUUCCAGCGGACUGCGAGAAUUUUCUGCUAGUUCUAAGGGAUGGCUUUCGACAAUUGGGAAUUCCGAUUCCGGUGCAAUAAAAUGAAUGAUAGACAACCGCGAGAUCUUGGAACGUGGUGAGUAAUUGUUGUUGGUGAUGGUGAUGUCCUGUUGCUGUCUAUUAAUUUUCGAAAAUAUUCGAGGUAUAUUAUCCAUCAGACUGGAGGCACUUUGACAAGGUUACAAUGUUGCUAUUGUAAUCAUGAAUGAAAUUUAAAAUUGAUGCAAGCAGCCAGGUGGCUCUUGCGCAGCACGUUCACGCUGCGCAGCAACUUCUAAUAUGGUAUCUCUUCCGUUUCCGAU